AUGCGAUACUCGAGGGAAACUGUCACGAUAUACGCCAUUUAAAGGGUUAUUUUCAAGAUGGAAGUGAACCUUGCUAGUGGUGUUACAUGUACCGAGGUCUCAGAAUGGUUAGAAGACAGGGGAAGCUGUCGGGAAUGUGUUCUGAUGUUAGACUGUCGUCCGUUCAUGGCGUUCAACGAUGGGCACAUAAGACACUCAUUAAAUGUGCACUGUCCCCCAAUUCUUAAGAGGAGGUCGGGAGGCUUUGUGGCUUUGGAGAAUAUUGUACCAUGUUCAGAAAAAAGAGAAAUGUUGAAAGCCGGACAGUUUAGCACGAUAGUUGUUUAUGACAACGACACAACAGAUCUGACACUGUCUUCCAAAGACUCGAAUUUAUAUUCCGUCCUCAAAAGUCUUCGACAACAAGUGGAGAAUUGUCGAGCAGUCUACAUUCAAGGUGGAUUUGUUGAGUUCAGUUCCAGUUAUCCUCACCUUUGUGACAUCCAGGGAGCCAUUUGUCGACAGACGCUUUGUGUUAACCCUUGUGCACCUUCAUCAAAGAUGGCACUUGUACAGGGGGAACCUGUGGAGAUUCUACCAUAUCUCUAUCUCGGCAACUCCCAGCAUGCAUCACAACUUGAACUAUUGGAGAGGCUUGGAAUUACUUCUCUCAUCAAUGUGUCAACAUCCUGUAGGAACCAUUUUGAGGAGAAGUUUACUUAUAUGAACAUUCCAAUUGAUGACAAUGAUACUGCAGACCUUGCAGCAUGGUUUACAAGAAGCAUUACUUUUAUAGAUACAAUUAAGGAGCAGUCAGGAAAAGUGCUGGUACACUGUCAUGCCGGCAUAAGUCGCUCCGCAACCAUUUGUCUCGCCUACCUCAUGUUCACCGCCAAAAUUGGACUCGAAGUAGCGUUUGAACACGUACAGUCUCGCCGCAGUGUGAUUUCGCCAAAUCUAAACUUCAUGCGACAGUUAAAGACCUAUGAAGGUGAAUUAGGUGUGAUAUGUUUAUCCAGUGAUUCUUCCGUGACUCCAUCAUCCUCAGGAGCAACGUCUGCUUCCUCUGCAUCCUCAAUAGGCAGCUCAGAUUCAGUGUGUCAUGAAGACGGAAUUCACUCUGGGUCUCAUCCAGGGUUUAACUUUGCUCAGUGUCCAGACAGAGAAUUCUCCAAUCAACCAAAUUGUAUGGUCACCCCCAAUUCAUUUGACUUUUCCUUCCCAUGUCCGCCAAGUGCUCCACUUCUCUCUCCUAGUUAA